AGAUGGUAAUAAAGCUUCCUUAAUGUUGCAUAUGUCUUUGAAGUACAUCCGUGCAUUUUCUCUUUUAGCAUCUAACCAUUCCUCCCUUGUGGUCCUUGGUCCCUCAAUCACCGUUUCCCACAGCCCACCCGCCUCACAUCACAGUCUCUGAAAAUGCACAGGGAUGCCUGGCUACCUCGCCCUGCCUUCAGUCUCACGGGGCUCAGUCUCUUUUUCUCUUUGGUGCCCCCAGGGCGGAGUAUGGAAGUCACAGCCCCUACCACUCUUAGUGUCCUCAAUGGGUCUGACACCCGCCUGCCCUGUACCUUCAACUCCUGCUACACCGUGAACCACAAGCAGUUCUCUCUAAACUGGACUUACCAGGAGUGUAGCAACUGCUCAGAGGAGAUGUUCCUCCAGUUCCGGAUGAAGAUCAUUAACCUGAAGCUGGAGCGGUUUGGAGACCGGGUAGAGUUCUCGGGGAACCCCAGUAAAUACGACGUGUCAGUGACUCUAAAGAGCGUACAGCUAGAAGACGAAGGCAUUUACAACUGCUACAUCACCAACCCUCCGGACCGCCAUCGUGGCCACGGCAAGAUCUACCUGCAGGUCCUUCUGGAAGUGCCCCCGGAGCGGGACUCCACGGUGGCUGUUAUUGUGGGUGCCUCAGUGGGAGGGUUCCUGGCUGUUGUCAUCUUGGUGCUGAUGGUGGUCAAAUGUGUGAGGAGGAAAAAAGAGCAGAAGCUGAGCACGGACGACCUGAAGACGGAAGAGGAAGGCAAGACGGAUGGCGAGGGCAACGCGGAAGACGGCGCCAAGUAACCGGAAGCCCGCCCUGAAGCCCCUCCCUGUGCCUGUCUCCUCUCACUCUCUGCCCUGUACAGUGUGACCCUGCCUGCUCUCUCUUGGUGUGCUUCUCUCGAAUAGGACCCCAGGAUCGACCUGGGGGCCUCA